UCAACCCAACUCCCAGAACUGCUCCUCGCAUCAAGGAGACUGUGCAACCUAUUCUUCCCCCCCGAACCGUUCAGCACUACUGGUGCGCACCUGUAUAGUACGGCCAACUACUUCACAUUCCGCUUCUGCGGCGCGGGCUCUCCCUGAGUAAACUCCCGCGAUGUCGUUCACCAAUCGACAAUCAAUCUACUCGACGACGUCGGCAGCACCAUAUGGCGGCAUGGCUGCGAACCAGACCUUGACGACAUCUUCGCUUCUUUCAGCCCUUCACAAUGCUUACCUCUCGUGUUCAGUCUAUUCCCUGGAUGCGGCAACAUCCGUGGUCGUGAACUCCGGCUCGGGCAGGGCGGCCGUACACUCGACGGGAGUCUUCGAUGAGGAGUUGGGGAUGCGAGCUUGGGAACAUGCACGGCGGAGAGCUGAGGACCAGACUAUCGUGUUGACGUCUUUGCAUGCGCUCUCGCCGUCUCUCCUUUUGCCGAUGCUCUCUACGCUGCCCGCAGCACCCGAUCUCCUCAAUACCUGUUUGAGCUUGAUCAGUGCAUUCACAAAUGCCCUGACCCCGGAAUGCCCAUACUCCGUUCCUUAUCACCGCGGUCUCGCAGUCUCGGUGCAGAUUUCGCUCUCGGGCGCGAUCUCCGGCGCUCACAUCUCACUCUCGGACGCGGGCCUUGACACUGAGAAUGGUCUUCUCCACAUCCCUUCGACGGCAGGUUACCGGGCGUUCGACGUAUUCUACUACCUCCUUUCGGCUGUGUCCACGCCGGCCGAGAGGCAGGGUCUCGGAUUGCAGUCAGCAGACCAGUACACUAUGCUCGCACGGAGCAAUACCUACACACUCCCUAGUUAUCUUCCCACAGCCGAUGAUUCAGCUGCGGCGGAAGACUGGAGGGCCAAUUUGAGAGCCAUCGGAAUCAAGGGCGGAAUGCUGCGUGGCUUGUUGUCCGUUCUGGCCGGUAUUCUCAAACUUGGCAACUCGGUUGGUCUGCUGGUCGACGAAGAGGUGGUGGAGGAGGUGUGUAGUGACGUCUCCGGCCUCCUCGGGCUCGAUCCGGAAGUGUUGGCAAAGAGGAUGGGCGACUCCGAACGCGAGCUUCUCAUCAGCACCAUAUAUGAGCUCGUAGUAGAGUGGGUGAUCGCCAAGGCUAACGAAGCGAUUUCUACCGAUUUCGCCGCGAGAAAAGACGCGGAUUCCAACGCCGACGGUAGCCAGGAGGGCGAUACCGUGCAGAUCACCGUUUUGGAGUUGCCCGCUGAGAAACUGGCCAAAGCCGUCUGUCUGAAGGGCGUCUUUGACGACGAGAGCGGUCUCAACAUCGAGAUGAAGGCUGACGGCGUCGAUGUUCCCAACGUUGGCAGCACGAUCCUUCGGGAAAUGAAGGCGGCUUGGAGCGACGCCGAGACAACUUGUUUGGUUGGUAUGAGCCGGGAACGCGAGUACGAAAACGACCGGAGAGAUCAGAUCAUCGAGAAGGCCGGCCGAGAAGUAGAGGACGGCGGAUUUCUCAAGGAGGUCUUGUUCCCUGCCGAAUUCGGGCGAUCGUCUGCAACCGUGCGUCUGGAUGUCUCGCAGUUGCUGGCCGCCAGCAGAGCGUGGUACCAUCUCAAUAUUUCCCCAACAGCCGGUGUCCCUCUUACAGAUGACCUGCAUACGCAGAGUCAGCCUUGGUCUGCCGCUGCUGUGAGUCGACAGUUGAGAGGCUGGAGACUGCCUGAAUGGGCCAACCGCCGCAGCAAACGGCUGGAUUUCACUGCGGAUUUCGACUUUGACGAGUUUGCCGUGCGUUAUGCCAUCCUGGGCUGCUCCGGUGGACGAGACGGUGUUGAGAGCUGGGUGCUCGAACGAGGUUGGAGCAAUGGGGAAGUCGUGGUUGGCAACGAGCGUGUGUGGAUGCGCGAGCCUUGCUGGUGGGAGGCGGAGAACAUGCUGGAUAUCAAACAGCCUGGUGUGAUGCCUGGGAUGAUGGGUAUGGGCGCUGUGCCUAUGGCCAUGGACACCGGAUACACCACAAACACCAACGGAAGCGGCUACUUUGCGCCUAUGGGUGCCCAGGCGUACGACCAGGCGGCGUCUAGAGAGAAUCUGCUUCGCCAGAGCACCAUGAGCGGCUUCCCGGCUGGUACUUCGCCGUCACCUCAACCGGGCCAGGAGCAGAAUAGGGGACUUGGCGCAAAGUACGAAACCAACAAUUAUACUGCUCCUGGGGACAUCGAGUUGGGCGACAAGACCAAGAUCGAGGAACAUACGGUCACGACAUCGCGUAAGUUGUGGGUCGGCUUCGUAUGGGCCAUGACGUUCUGGAUUCCUAGCUUCCUGCUGAGAUAUGUCGGUCGGAUGAAGCGUCCCGACGUGCGAAUGGCGUGGCGAGAAAAGCUUGUUCUCGUCUGGCUGAUCUUCUUCAUGAACGCUUUCAUCAUCUUCUGGAUCGUCGUAUUUGCGCGACUUAUUUGCCCCAACAUCGAUAAAGCCUGGUCUCGCGAUAAUGUCGCCCGUCAUCAAGGUGAAAACGAUUUCUGGGUGAGCAUCCGCGGCAAUGUGUACGAUAUUACGGACUUUUGGUCUCUCCAGCACAGCGAUAUCACUGGACAGGAUACAACGAAGGAUGUCAUGAUCGAGUUUGCGGGAUUGGAUCUUACUCCGUACUUCCCGGCUCCGUUCUAUCUUGGAUGUCCGGAACUCGUUACCAACAAGCGCUUCACAUUGCAGUACAACGACACUACGGCACAGUCGUCUUCCCAGGCUGUCCACAGCUCCGGAGAAGUAAGCCCGUACAUUAAGAGUGCGUUGGCCUCGGAAGACUGGUAUUCACAGAAAUUCCUUCCCAGGAUUAAAGAAUACUGGACCGGAGAUCUCGUAUGGGAUAAAGAUGAUGUCAAGUCGCAAGGUGUCGCCGAUAACAAACCGUGGGGAAUUAUCAACGGUGAGAUCUUUGAUCUGACCGACUACUUCUACACGGCCGAUAGGUUCGGAGAUCUCGCCGAAUACCGCUUCUUAGACAGCAAGCUGGAGGAAAUCUUCCAGCAGAACCCUGGUUCCGACCUCACGGACUUAUACAACAAGCAACUCAAUGCCACCACCAAGAGGACGAACAUGCGAUGCAUGAAGAACAUGUUCUACGUUGGAAUCGUCGACUUCCGGUAUGGCGCCAAGUGUCAAGCCAGUGGUUACGUCCUCCUCGGUUUUGCCGUUUUGAUGUGUAGUGUCAUCGUAGUCAAGUUUUUGGCCGCACUUCAGCUCGGAACUAAGCGUCGCCCUGCGCAGCAGGACAAGUUCGUCAUCUGCCAGGUUCCUGCGUACACUGAGGGAGAGGACCAGCUGCGCAAGGCACUGGAUUCCUUGACUGCUCUGAACUACGACAACAAACGGAAACUCCUGUUCGUCAUUUGCGACGGUAUUGUCGUCGGAGGUGGAAACGACAGGCCCACACCCAACAUCGUGCUCGAGAUUCUCGGUGUCGACCCAAAGAUUGAUCCUCCGGCGCUUCCUUUCAAGAGUGUCGGUGAGGGUAAUGCUCAACUCAACUACGGAAAGGUCUACUCGGGAUUGUACGAAUUCGAGGGUUGCGUUGUCCCGUACAUCGUUGUCGUCAAGUGUGGCAAGCCAUCCGAGACUUCGAAGCCCGGUAACAGAGGAAAGCGUGACUCCCAGGUCCUCGUGUUGGACUUCUUGAACAAAGUCCACCACCGCACUCCCAUGUCUCCCCUCCAGCUGGAAAUGUUCCACCAGAUCAACAACAUCAUCGGUGUCGACCCGGAGCUGUACGAAUACAUUCUCAUGGUUGACGCUGAUACCAGUGUCAAGGAGGACGCCCUCAACCGUCUCGUCGCUGCAUGCGCUCACGACGCGAAGAUCGCCGGUAUCUGUGGUGAAACCAGUUUGGAGAACGAGGAACGCUCUUGGUGGACUAUGAUUCAGGUCUACGAGUACUACAUCUCGCAUCAUCUGUCCAAAGCUUUCGAGUCUCUCUUUGGUUCCGUCACUUGUUUGCCCGGUUGUUUCUCCAUGUACCGUCUGCGAACUGCGGAUAAGGGUCGUCCUUUGAUCAUUGCCUCCAAGGUCAUCGAGGAGUACUCCGACGGAGUCGUCGAUACCCUGCACAAGAAGAACCUUCUGUCACUCGGUGAGGAUCGUUACCUGACGACUCUCAUGACCAAGCACUUCCCGUACAUGAGCUUCAAGUUCAUUCCCGAUGCCUAUGCCAUGACUGCCGCACCAGAGAGUUGGAGCGUUCUGUUGUCCCAGAGACGUCGCUGGAUUAACUCGACCGUUCACAACUUGGCUGAGCUGAUGUUCCUCGAGGAGAUGUGCGGUUUCUGUCUCUUCUCGAUGAGAUUCGUCGUGUUCCUCGAUCUCUUCGGUACCAUCAUUCUUCCGGCCACCUGUGUGUACAUUGGUUACCUCAUCUAUGUCAUCAUCAGCAAAACCGGGCCCUUCCCGUACCUGUCGUUGGCUAUGCUUGGAGGUGUGUACGGUCUACAGGCGAUUAUCUUCAUCAUCAAACGCCAAUGGCAGCACGUCGGAUGGAUGAUCAUCUACCUCCUCGCAUUCCCGAUUUACGCUUUCGUCCUUCCGGUCUACUCCUUCUGGGCUCAGGACGAUUUCUCGUGGGGAAGCACGCGUAUUGUCGUUGGAGAAUCGGGCAAUAAAAAGGUUGUCGCAACGACCGAAGAGUCUUUCGAUCCUCGGAGCAUUCCUCUCCAGAGCUGGGAUGAGUACGCGGCUACGAACAAGCUCCCCGGCCGUCGCGGUGCACCAACCGAGAAGUACGGAGACGCUGGUGGGUACGAUUACGAGAUGGACGACAUGCACUCCGUGUAUUCUUCGGCCAAGCCGGCAUCCACGAUCCUCACUGGCCUUCCUAACAUGAGCGGCCAGCCAUACAUCGCCCCGCGCUCUCCGGCACCCUUCGCGACCAACCGCCAUUCCACCUACUCCGCGUACACCGGCAUGACCGGCCAGGGCGGCCUCGGAGGCGACCACGGACACCCGCAGCAGCAGCGCCUGAUGUCGAUGGGUGGGAUGAGCACUGGCGACUACUGGCAAGACGGUAAUCAACAGCAGCACCGCCCCAGCCCGCUCGCGCUAUCCACCGGAAUGCCUAGCACCGACAACCUGCUGAACGUGCAGACGCCGCCUCCUCGCGCGCAUUCCACCACACCACUGGGCUUCUCGUCGCAGAGCCGUCCCGUCAGCCAGAUGGACUUCAUGCGCGUUGGUGGUGGUCCCGAUGACGAGAGCAUCGUCGACGCUAUCCGCUAUGUCCUCCGUGAUGUCGAUUUGGACACUAUCACCAAGAAGCAAGUGAGAGCCCUCGUCGAACAGAGACUGCAGACGGAAUGCCAGGGCGAGCGUCGCUCGUUCCUAGACCGCAUGAUCGAUGCCGAGCUGGCCAACAUGCCGAUGUAAUUCGCACGAUCAACGGAUGUGCUUGGGGAUGGGGGGUUUUACUUUCGGUUGGGGUAAGGGGGAGGGGUUUAAUGUUACUUGUAUUCUUAAUCAGGAUGGGAGAUGAAGACGAAAACGUCGAACGCGGUGGGGGUGCAUGCCAUAUGGAAAGGGAGGUGGGGCUUUAAACGGAGUUUUUUUUUCAUUUCUUUCUUUCCCUAUC